CAGCAUCAUUGGUUGAGGAGGACCGCUAGCUGGAGCAGGUUACAGUACCGCAGCAUCGCUCUCUGAACAGAACACCCUGUAUCUUGUUUCAGAUACCGCAACCAAAGCGACUCACUCUAACUGUCUUCUUCUUGUUAGUGGUUUUGAUAGCACAGGACAAAGAUGCUGGCAUGCACGGAGAUGAUCACGAUGUGCCUUCAGUCGGCGAAACGAGAUUAUCUGCGCUCCGAACAUGAGCAGCAGCUGCAGCACAACCACGGACUUUCCAUUUUUCACGACAUUUUCCGGCGUGCAGACAAAAAUGAUGAUGGCAAGCUGUCCUUUGAAGAAUUCAAAGCAUACUUUUCAGAUGGGAUUCUCACGACUGAAGAGCUGCAGGAGCUGUUCUACUCUAUUGAUGGGCGACAGACAAACAACCUUGACACUGACAAGUUAUCAGAUUAUUUUUCUCAACAUCUUGGGGAGUAUCUGAAUGUUCUCUCAGCUCUAGAGAAGCUCAAUGUUGCCAUCCUAAAAGCAAUGGACAAGACUAAAGAGGAGUAUCAGGGCUCAUCCGUUUUGGGUCAGUUUGUGACACGUUUUAUGUUGAGGGAGACGUCCAGCCAGCUGCUCUCUCUUCAGAUGUCUCUGCAGUGUGCCAUGGAGGCUGUGGAGGAGCAGAGCAGCCCUGCACCGGUUGAGGUGAAGGUACCAGAGUAUCUUUCCUUUCAGAAAAAUAACAGGAGGUGUGGCCGCAGAGUGCAGAAAAACAUGUGCCUCUCUCCUACAGACCCAUACUCUGGCAUCCUUACUACAGGUGUUACUGUGGAUACAGAUGACCACUGGUCCUCUCAGAUCAACAGACUGCAACAGCUCAUUGACAAACUGGAGUGUCAGAGUCCAAAGCUCGAGCCGCUGAAAGAGGACCCGCUGGCCAGCACAUAUAAAUCAAACAUUCUGUUGGUGCAGAGGCAGAUGGCAGUGACAGAGGACAAUAUCGAGGAGUUUCAAAAGGCCCUAAAAAGCUAUGCUGAUUCCACCACCAACCAAAGUGACAACCUACAUGUGUCCAUCCAAAAGCUUCCUGAGAAGAACUGCUACAUAAUAUACGAGUUCUGGCAAGAUCGUCUAUCCUGGAUGAGUUAUCUGCAGUCUGAAGCAAGUAAAGAUUUCCAGCGCUCUAUCAUAGAUAUGCUGGAGGAUCCUGAACUCGUCUCCACCAUGCUCAUGCCUGCAUCAUGGUGGAUUAUGACAAACAAUUAACCUUUCCAAUAUGCAGUAUAAAGCCUUCGCAAAUGAAGGGGGAAAAAGAAACAUCUCAAACUGACCCUGUGUGUACGUGUCUUGCUGCUCCCUAUAGCUCAGACAAAAAAAUUGUCUUCCUUCCACCUCAUGGCUUCCUUGUGUUCCUUUAUCAUUCCAUCUGUAUGAAAAUGAUCAAACAAAUUCAAGCAUGGUUCAAAUCUCUCUAGCAUGUAUAGAAAAUCAGUGACUUUCGCAUCAUGCUGAGGCUGUCGGCAGAGCUCCUGCAAUUAAAGAGCUUACAUGGCUUUGAGGUGGAAACUGUGUACAGACCAAGAAAGAUGCAUUUUUUUCACCUAAAACAAGUAAAAGUGUAAAAAAAAAACGAUUUGCUUUGACGACUCUAGACUCUUCCUUGGGUACCAUAGAACAAAAGAAAAAUUGCUGUUUGAGCUGCAUGCUUAUUAGAAAUUUUAGUUUAAGAUGUGGUUGACAAACCAUUAUCCAUGCUUGCUUAAGGUUUCUAAAUAUGAACCUGAACUGUGUGAUUAUGUGAAUAGAGUAUCUGGAAAUUGACUCUUCUUCCUUGUGGUUUCUCAGUCGUUACGCAAGUCCUACCAAUUUCAGCUCGUUAUUUUAUGUACUAACAUAUUUAUAUUACAUACGUCAUUUACAGUAGUACUCAGUUUCCUUUAUUGAUUUCAGAGUGUUUGAUGAAUAAGAAUAUCUCUAGAUGAUGAAAUAGCCUGUAUAUGUUACUUGCUUGACUUACUGUUGAACAGAUUUAUUUAUUUAUGCAUUGACUUAUUAUUUGCUUAUCUAUCUAUUGUAUUCAAGCAUAUACGAAGAAAUAAAACUGAAAACAUG